AUGGCGAUCGCCGGCGAGCUCGAAAGUACCCUUUAUCCGGGAAACAUAGCCGUCAGAACCUCCUUUGGAGGAUGGAGAUCAGCGAGGCUUAUUAUCUUUGUAGAAAUGGCGGAGCAUUUCGCGUAUUUCGGGAUAUCGUCCAACCUCAUAACGUACCUGACAGGACCAUUGGGACAGUCAACGGCUACAGCAGCGGCAAAUGUCAACGCAUGGAGUGGAACGGUGUCGUUUCUACCACUUCUCUGGGGCUUCAUCGCUGACUCGUAUCUCGGCUGUUUCCGUACCAUUAUAAUUGCAGCUUCUCUAUAUAUCUUGGGACUUGGGUUGCUGUCGUUUUCAGCAAUGAUUCCUUCUCACUCCGAAGAUCAGAAUCAACUCCAACUAGCUCUCUUCUUCUGCUCCCUGUAUCUAAUAGCACUAGGACAAGGCGGUUACAAACCUUGUAUUAAGGUAUUUGGAGCUAAUCAAUUCGAUGGAAAUGACAUAGAAGAGGCAAAAGCCAAUAGUUCUUUCUUCAACUGGAUGAUGUUUGGAAACUGUGCUAGCAUAACCGGCACUCGUUUGAUCUCUAGUUACAUCCAAGAAGACCUAAGUUGGUCAUUAGGGUUUGGCAUUCCAAGUGUUUCCAUGCUACUUGCUCUGUUUCUCUUUCUCCUUGGAACAAAGACUUACCGCUUUACUACUGAAACAGGAGUUAAGAAAAACCCUUUUGCUAGAAUCGGUCGUGUUUUCGUGGAGGCAAUAAAGAACAGAAGAAAACCUGAUCACACCAACGAGACCCUCCUCCUUCUGCCUUACCAAAAUUCUGAGCAAUGGAGGUUCCUUGACAGAGCGGCGAUUUCGUGUGAUUUGGUUGAAGUUGAAGAAGCAAAAGCGGUGCUUAGGCUUUUUCCCAUAUGGAUGACUUCCUUAGUUUACGCCAUUGUGUAUGCACAAUCUCCUACUUUCUUCACAAAGCAAGGAGCAACAAUGGACAGGUCAAUCUCACCAGGAGUCUUAGUCCCUGCAGCUACACUCCAAUGCUUUACAAGCCUAACUAUUGUCAUUUCCAUCCCAAUCUACGACCGACUACUUGUCCCAAUCGCAAGAUCCUUCACUCAUAACCCAAUAGGAAUAACAAUGCUUCAGAGGAUUGGCACAGGGAUUUUCAUCUACAUUCUUGCUAUGGUUGUAGCCGCCUUGGUCGAGACCAAAAGGCUCCAAAACGCUCAGAAUGACGUCACAGUACUGAUGAGCGUGUGGUGGUUGGUUCCGCAGUACGUUCUCUACGGAGUCGCGGACGUGUUCACAAUGGUGGGUUUGCAAGAGCUAUUCUACGACCAAGUCCCUAGUGAGCUUAGGAGUAUUGGUAUGGCUCUGAACCUAAGUAUUUUCGGGGUCGGCAGCUUUCUAAGUAGCUUGAUGAUAUCAGUCAUCGAUAAGGUCACAAGCCACUCUGGUCAAACGAGCUGGUUCGAUAAUGACCUGAACAAGGCUCAUCUAGAUUACUUCUACUGGCUACUGGCUUGUCUCAGUUUCAUGGGUUUAGCCUUCUACUUAUGGUUCGCCAAGUCGUAUGUCUACAACAGACCAAACAACUUAUAA